AUGUCUAUUGAUGGUACGCCUAUUACCCUUUGGUGCCUUGAAUACGGAAGUAGUUAUUUCUCCGUUAUCAUUAGAAACAAUAAUUCUAUUUUUGACCUAAAGAAGGCUAUCUUCGAGGAAAUUAGUGUACCUGACAACGUAAAGGCUAAAAACCUUAGUUUAUGGAGUGUUAAUGUUGAGGAAAUUCAUUUGAAGAGUAACACUCCUGAUGGUUUAAUGACUAAUAAAAAUGAAAUAAAACUCGCAACGCAAAAAGUUGGCAACACAUUCCAUGGAGUUCAAGGAAAUAACAUUCAAGUUAUCGUUAGAGUUCCUGUUGCCACCAGUGAUGACUUGACACAAUUACAUUUAUCUGGAUUUUUUGUAGCAAAACGGAGUUAUGAUGAAAUGCAAAUUGACAGGACUGGCAUAAUCUGCAAUGCUCUUAUUCAACCAUUCAGCUCUGUCCCGAGUCGAGCAGGGGAUCUUACGUCUCUUAUUAAUGCGCUAUUAACUUGGAAACUGUCUGUAUCCUUCUAUGAGGAGAUAAAGUUUCCUCAGCUUGCUGAUUUUAUUGAAACAAAAAAUGAUGAAUGCGAAAGAAUGGAUAGUAUUAUUAGAAUUCCACUCCAGAUUUUUCAUGAGAAUCUUGGCAGAGGAAUACUUCCAAUUGAAAUGGAUCGGAAUAGUAAGGAUGGUAAUAAAAGACCAGAUUUUCUAUGCUGGACAAACAAUGUACUUUUGCUUAAAGGCGAAGAGAAGGCUGUAAUUGAGGAUUUUUCAAAAGCUAAGAAUAAACUUGAAGAAAAAUUUAAUAAGUUUGAUUAUAUGUAUUUUGGAAAUAUACAGUUUAUGAUUUGUUAUGCCGCAGCAGAAACAAGGUUGUGUUUUUUCGCAAUUGAUGGAUCACCAAACACAAAUCUGUCAAGCCGUUUAGUUGUACUUUCAAAUCAACUAGAUGUGAAUAAUCGCCAAGACCGUGUUUCUAUCCUCUGUAUAGUGGUUAAUAUUGCACGCAUAAUAAGGACUGUGGGCAAUACUAUUCCUGAAAUGAUUGUUCCUCUUGGAAAAUGGUUGGUCUCAGUGGAAUAUCUUCUAUUUGUUGGAAAUUUGGAUGAUUGUAUUAAUUUCUUAUCAGAAAUGUAUGAAUAUGCAAAAGGUCAUCCAGGGCUUGUUCAAGUAAAAGAAGGCUCCAGCAUUAGUCAUGUUUGUCAAUUGAGAAACGAAGAUGAAGCACGUGCAAUGUCACAAAGUGUGCUCACUGGGCUAAACUGGUUACAUAAAGGAGGUUACAUUUAUUGUGAUAUCCGACUACCAAAUAUUCUCUUUAUUCCUGGUGAUGCAGAUUGUAAAUAUGUUCUUAUCGAUUUUAAACAUGCUAAUGUGGAUGGAUUACAUAAUGAGUAUAAAAAAAAAUCUGAUUUGUAUCAAUUUGGAAAGAUGCUUAGAGAUCUUAAUAUGGUGAAUUCAGAAGCUGGAAAGAAAUUUUUAGACGGUUUGAGAGAUAAAAGCAUUAAUAUAAAAAAUGUACUUCGUUAUGAAUGGUUCAGGUAA